AUGCUGUUCCAAGCUAUUGCCGUAUGGCUCUUUGCCUUUGCAGUUUCUUCGGUUUACGGUACCGCCUUGACCUACAAGCUCGAUGCCGCUGAGAAGGCCUGCUUCUACUCCUGGAUUGAUAAACCCCCAGCGAAAGUCGCCUUUUACUUCGCUGUACAAUCUGGCGGUUCAUUCGACAUCGAUUUCUCCGUUUAUGGCCCUGGUGAGAAGCUAGUUAUGGACGGAACUAAGGAGAGACAAGGUGACUUUGUUUUUACCGCUCAGUCUGUGGGGGAAUACCGCUUCUGCUUCAAUAACGAGAUGUCCACUUUUGCGGAGAAGACGGUUGACUUUGAGAUUGCGGUCGAGAAUGAGGAACGAACUCAGCUGCCAUCAAAGCCUGGAACUUCCCCUGAACAGACGUCAGGGGUUGAAGAGACAAUCCUCCGACUAGGAGGUCACCUAUCAACUAUCAGCCGAAAUCAGAAGUAUUUUCGAACACGAGAGAACCGUAACUUCAGCACCGUGCGGAGCACUGAGAAGAGAAUAUUCAAUUUUAGCAUUAUCGAAAGCUUGAUGAUGAUUUCAAUGGCCGGCCUCCAGGUGUUUAUUGUCAGGUUCUUUUUCCAGGGUGCCAGGAAAGGCUAUGUAUAA